AUGAACAGCCUAAGAGCCUUGAAAGUUUUUUACAACAAAUCCUACGAUAAACGGCCCAUCCUCACACUAUGUGUCGCCAAUGGCAUCCUCGGCGCUGUCAGCGAUACGCUAGCGCAAAGCAUUAGUCUAUACGACAAGUACAACAAACAAUUAGAGGAUAAAUAUCUACCUGAAUCUGUGAGAAAGCAUGAAAGUAUGUGGACAUUGACAAAGACAUGGGAUUUUCAACGUACACUACGAUUUGCUACCUACAAUUUUUGUGUGGCACCUUUGGGUGGCAAGUGGUACAUGUUUUUGGAUAAAUUCUUCCCAAUGCCUGUGGCUACAGGUGUCGUAUCCAAAGCUGUGCAAAAUCAAAUUACCAAAAGGGCAAACGGCAUGGCUAUCAAGCGUAUGGUGACAGAUCAAGCUCUAUUUGCACCUGCUGGUUUGGUCUUGUUCUUUACAGUCAUGGGAAUCGCAGAAACUGGUAAAUGGGAAGGUGUAAAGGAGAAAUUCAAGGAUGCUUAUGUGCCUGCACUGAUUGCAAACUACAAGGUAUGGCCUGCUGUGCAAUUCAUCAAUUUCAAGUUUAUGCCUUUGCAAUACCGUUUGCCGUUUGUUAGCAGCUUGGGUAUUAUUUGGAAUGCUUAUUUGAGCUGGCUAAACAACGCUUCAAAGCAAGAGGAGUCUGUAUUGGAGGCUUUGGAGAAAGAAGACACUGGCUUAGAGGUUGUACAAUCUGCCUAG